GGGCGAUGUCAUCGAACAUGGCGAAAGGAUACACGUAUGUCCGUCAAUAAACGCUACAGAAUUGGUACAUGUUUUCUUGUUUUCCACGAUAAUCACCUAUUUUUCUUGGAUAACCGAAAGACAAGGGAGCCAGAAAUAUGGCGGAACAUUCCCAAGGAAGAGACAUGUUUCUUAGACGGGCCCUCGAAAAGAUCCUGAACGAUAAAGAGACGAAGAAAUCUUACAACUCGCAGCUGAAAAAAGCCUGUGAAGUGGCACUAGGUGAAAUAAAAGCCGAGUUGCAGAGUGGAAGCGCGGAAUCCUCUCCCAUCAAGGCAGCCUCCUCUGCCCUCCCUCUGCCAAAGAGCAACAUCAAUUCCAUCGCAGCGGACCGACACUUCCUACCCUUUGAGCUCGCCUGCCAAUCAAAAUCAGCUCGGAUCGUGAAUACUGCCCUCGAUUGUCUGCAGAAACUGAUAGCAUAUGGUCACCUGACAGGGGAGGGGCCUGACAGCACUACUCCGGGGAAGAAACUGAUCGAUAGAAUAGUAGAGACGAUCUGCGGUUGUUUUAUAGGAACACAGACUGAUGAAGGUGUCCAACUUCAGAUUAUCAAAGCCCUGCUCACAGCGGUCACCUCACCGACAUGCGAGGUGCACGAGGGCACCCUACUCCAGGUGGUACGCACAUGCUAUAACAUCUACCUGGCCAGUAAGAACCUGAUAAACCAGACCACCGCCAAGGCCACCCUCACUCAAAUGCUCAACGUUAUCUUCUCUCGCAUGGAACAACAAGCCAUUUAUGAGGCUAAACUAAAAGCUGAUGAGCCAGGAAAGGAAGAUGAGGAGAAAGGUGGAUCUGGUGAUGGUGCCAAGGAGGCGGAGUCUGAGGUGAAACUGACCAAUGGGACGCCAGAGGGUCUCGACCUGGAUGUAGAUGCUGAGGAUACAACAGAUGGUCCAAGUAAUUCAAAAAAGACAGAAGAGAGUACUACUACUGCUGAGAAUGGGGAAGAUGUAGAGAGUAUUGUCAAGGAAAUCAUGGAUGAUCUUUUGAAAUCAGUUGAUCUUGGCGGUACACAAGAUGUCAAGACACCAGACUCCAUCACAAGCACCAGUUUAUCUGGGGCUCCCUCUAUAGGUUCACUAAAGACACCGAGCACCGCGUCCACCCCGAGUAUCCCUCCUAUCGGCGAUGACGACCUCGACAAUGAGCCGUUCUCUCACAUCCUCCAGAAGGAUGCAUUCCUGGUUUUCAGAUCGCUCUGUAAGCUCUCCAUGAAGCCGCUGCCGGACGGACAUCCAGAUCCUAAAUCCCAUGAGCUUCGGUCUAAGAUCCUCUCCCUCCAGCUACUCCUGUCCGUCCUCCAGAAUGCUGGAGCAGUCUUCAGGACCAAUGAGAUGUUUAUCACAGCUAUAAAGCAGUACCUAUGUGUGGCCCUUUCUAAGAAUGGGGUGUCGUCAGUACCAGAAGUCUUUGAGUGCUCUUUGGCCAUUUUCCUGACUCUUCUCAGUCUCUUCAAGACACAUCUGAAGAUGCAAAUCGAGGUAUUUUUCAAGGAGAUCUUCUUGAAUAUCCUUGAGACCCCGACUAGUAGCUUUGAGCAGAAGUGGAUGGUGGUCCAGGCACUGACAAGGAUAUGCGCAGAUGCCCAGUGUGUGGUGGACAUAUACCUCAACUACGACUGUGACCUGUCCAGUGCCAACAUCUUUGAGAGGCUGGUCAACGACCUGUCCAAGAUCGCUCAAGGUCGACAUGCCAUCGAGCUCGGAGCAACACCCCAGCAGGAGAAGAGGAUGAGAGUAAAGGGAUUAGACUGCCUCGUCUCUAUCCUCAAGUGUAUGGUGGAGUGGAGCAAGGACCUCUAUGUUAAUCCUAAUCUGCAAGCUAAUCUAGGUCAAGAGAAAGCUGUAGGAAUGGACCAAACGGAUGCUGACAGCGGGAAGGGUACCAUGACCAGCUGCGGCAGCCAGAACUCCCUAAACUCCACGCCAUCAGGCUCUCUAGGAGCUGUCAACCUCAACUCAAGCCAGACCCUGCCCUCAGACAGCCCUGAGCAGUUUGAGACGAUCAAGCAACAGAAGGAAAUCAUGGAACAGGGAAUUGAAAUAUUCAACAAAAGGAAACCAAUCAAAGGCAUACAGUAUCUACAGGAACAUGGAUUGCUCGGAAAGAGGCCCGAAGACAUUGCAAGGUUCUUCCACAAAGAUGAAAGAUUAGAAAAGACUGUAAUUGGAGAGUUCAUGGGCGAGAGAGACCUGUUCAACAAAGAAUGCAUGUACGCGUACGUGGAUGAGUUCGACUUCACCGGCGUCGACUUUGUGGGGGCGCUUCGCAUGUUUCUUGCCGGCUUCCGCCUUCCGGGGGAGGCCCAGAAGAUCGAUCGUAUGAUGGAGAAGUUUGCUUCUCGCUACUUCGAGGACAACCCCACGCAGGGUAUCUUUGCCAGUGCGGAUGCUGCGUACGUGCUGGCCUACUCCAUUAUCCUUCUGACUACAGAUCUACAUAGUUCACAGGUGAAGAAGAAGAUGUCGAAGGAGGAGUACAUCCGGAUGAACCGCGGUAUCAACGACCAGAAAGACCUUCCUACAGACUACUUGUCCGAUAUCUAUGAUGAGAUCGCUGGAAAUGAGAUCAAGAUGAAGACUGCAAGCAACAAACCAAACCCAAAGACAUCAGCUGUGACAAGUGAGAAACAGAGGAAAUUGUUUUACAACAUUGAGAUGGAUGCUAUAUCAUCGACAGCCAAGAGUUUGAUGGAGAGCGUUAGCCAUGUACCGUCCAGCUUUACUAGUGCUACCCAUUUAGAACACGUCAGGCCAAUGUUUAAGGAGGCAUGGACACCCUUCUUAGCUGCCUUCAGUGUCGGCCUCCAGGACUGUGACGAUCCCGAGAUCGCCAACCUUUGCCUCAACGGCAUCUGCUGCGCCAUUCGCAUCUCCUGCAUCUUUCACAUGGAGAUGGAGCGGAAUGCCUACGUCCAAGCCCUCUCCAGGUUCACUCUCCUCACCACAAACUCAUCCAUAGUCGAAAUGAAGACUAAGAACAUUGAAACAAUUAAGACAUUGAUCACUGUCGCACAUACAGACGGCAACUAUCUAGGAAAAUCGUGGCUUGAGAUGCUGAAAUGCAUCUCACAGUUAGAGCUAGCUCAACUCAUUGGCACAGGGGUCAAGACAAAGUUCUUAUCAACGACAUCAUCAGGGUCAAUGGGGUCAGGCGGUCAAAGUAGUACGGUCAUGGUCGGGUCAAGUCCGGGUCAUCAGAAUGACAUGCUGGAGUCGGGCGACAUUCCAUCUCGAAUGGCCAAUCUCGAUCAGAAGCAGAUUGCUAGUUUACAGGAAGCCAUGAACAAGACGUCUACCCAGAGGUUUGUUGUAGCCGUGGACAGGAUAUUCACCAGCUCGACCAGACUAGAUGGGGAUGCUAUAGUUGACUUUACGGAGGCCCUGUGUCAGGUAUCGAUGGAGGAGCUUCAGUCACCGACCGGUCCAAGGAUGUUCAGUUUAACCAAGAUAGUAGAGAUCUCAUACUACAACAUGGGACGUGUCAGGAUGCAGUGGUCCAGGAUAUGGUCUGUCCUGGGUAACCACUUCAACAAGGUUGGAUGUAACCCUAAUGAAGAUGUAGCCUUCUUUGCAAUCGACUCUCUCCGUCAACUCUCCAUGAAGUUCUUGGAGAAAGGAGAACUGCCAAACUUCAAGUUCCAGAAAGAUUUCUUGAGGCCUUUUGAAUAUAUCAUGAAGAGGAAUAAAUCACCUACCAUUCGGGACAUGGUGGUGCGGUGCAUAGCUCAGAUGGUCAACUCCCAAGCAGGAAACAUCCGUUCUGGUUGGAAGAACGUCUUCUCCGUUUUCCAUCUCGCUGCCUCAGACCAAGAGGAGGGCAUCGUUGAACUAGCAUUCCAAACAACAGGCAAUAUCAUAUCAUCAGUAUUUGAGAAGUACUUCUCAGCGACCUUGGAUUCCUUUCAAGAUGCCGUCAAGUGUCUGUCGGAGUUUGCCUGUAACGCCGCCUUCCCCGACACAAGCAUGGAAGCAAUACGACUUAUCAGGAAUUGUGCCAAAUACGUCAUGGAAAAACCCCAAAUGUUCCAUGACCAUAUAGGAGACCAAGAACUACAAGUGACCGAAGAUGAUAGGAUCUGGGUCAAAGGGUGGUUUCCUGUUCUCUUUGAACUUUCGAGAGUCAUCAAUAGGUGUAAGCUGGACGUCAGAACGAGAGGACUGACGGUGAUGUUUGAGAUCAUGAAGAGCUAUGGGAACACGUUUCAGAAGCACUGGUGGAAAGAUCUAUUCAAGAUCGUCUUUAGGAUAUUUGACAACAUGAAGCUCCCUGAUCAGAUGGCUGAGCAGAAGGUUGAGUGGAUGAUGACAACCUGCAACCACGCACUGUUUGCCAUAGUAGAUGUCUUCACACAGUACUUUGAUAUCCUCAAGGAUAUUCUCUUAGAAGACCUUCUCCAACAACUGCUUUGGUGUGUCCAACAAGAUAAUGAGCAGCUGGCAAGGUCAGGGACCAACUGCAUGGAGCAGUUGGUCAUCUCUAAUGGACCUGACUUUCAACCUGAACUGUGGGACAGGAUCUGUGCUUGCAUGCUGGAGAUCUUCAAAAGUACUAUACCACAAGGGUUGAUAUCCUGGAAGCCUGAGGAACAACCCUCGACAACAGAGACAGACAUCAUCAGUCAGAGAUCAGAGAAUGAAGUAGAGCCUGCUGGCAGUGAAGUUGGAGGGGAGCCAUCAUCGCCAUCAGAGAGGAAAUCUAAUCUGAAGUGGAAGGGUAGCCAGCACAGUGUGGCUAGUGUCAACAGCACCGAUAGUAAAUCAAGCAAGGCUACCUCGGAUUAUCAGAAAACUGCAGCGGACCAAAGACUCUUCACCUCCCUACUCAUCAAGUGUGUAGUCCAGUUGGAAUUAAUACAGACCAUUGAUAACAUAGUCUUCUUUCCUGCCACCAGCCGGCAUGAAGAUGCUGAGAAUUUGAAAGCUGCACAGGAGACGACGUUAGAUGACAACUCUCUUGCCUCCGAGUCCACAUCGAGCGGUGAGGAGCCCGGGAUGUACCGGUAUCUCUCCACCCCACAGCUCUUCCUGCUGCUAGACUGCUUAUUGGAGUCACAUCGGUUUGCCAAGGAGUUUAACAGCAACAAUGAGCAGAGAGAGAUCCUCAGACAAGCAGGAUUCAGAGGAAAGAACAAGCCUAACUUAUCAACCCAAGAAACCUCAAGUCUUGCCUGUGCUUUUAGAUUGCUCUUCAAGAUGUAUUCUGACGAGAACAGGAACGAUAGCUUGCCGGUCAUAGAAGAGAGACUUAUAGGACUUGUGAAGGAAGCCCUGGGCUACUUCAUCUCCCUGGACUCUGAGAGUCAUCGGACAGCCUGGAAGUCUCUUCUAGUCUUGGUCCUGACUAGGAUCCUCAAGAUGUCUGAUGAGAGGUUCAAAACCCACGCUGCCCACUGCUACAACCACAUGUGCGAGAUCAUCACGUUCGAGCUCCGACCGGAAAUCCGCUCGAUGCUGCGGAAGUUCUUCAUCAGGACUGGUGCCGUCUGUCACAUCGCCCUCACGUGAUGAACCCCGGACAUCCCAACUGAUCUAUGGACAUAGCACAAUAAAAAUCCAGGGUUUAUCAAGCCUUUUUUUAACCACGGAAGGGUCAUGGUAGAUGUAUUCAGUCAAUUCUAUCAUCGGUUACAUGUAUAGGAGUCGGAAGAGCUUCCCCUGUGCAUGUAUCUUCAUCGGCAGUACCAGAAUUCUUAGAGGUACCUUACACUCCAACCUUU